GUCUACCUUGGCUUUGUUGUGCCCAAACUGAUGACAUACCAGGUAUACAAGAAUUCACCGAUUCCAACAGAGGUCACCAAUUAUACUAAGCAGUAACUGUCGUCACAUGGGCCAUAUCAGAUCGAUUAUUAAUGCAGAGGACAACCGUUUAGUGCUCUCGCGGUGGAUAUAAAAAUGGUUGAGCGCCCCGGUCUGCAUCCCGCUACCAUGCUGAACCUACAACAACACCUCUUCUCAGUAACACACCAUCCACUUGUAUCGGAAAUCCUCCUACAAUAUGGCUGGAGACAUCUACAAUCUGGUCCAGUCCCGCUAUGGCGACAUCGCCAACCGGAGUACUGCCGGCCAGCGUGGCAAAGAAGAAGACAUCGCUAGGGCAUUCGGCUACAGCGCGGAAGACCUCAGUAUCCUGCCUGAGAAAACCAAUCUAGGUCUCAGCUGUGGGAAUCCCGUGGGGUUCGCUAAUGUAAAAGAGGGCGAGACAGUCCUGGACCUCGGCAGCGGUAGCGGCAUUGAUGUCCUCCUGGCCGCUCGGAAGGUUGGCCCCAGGGGGCAGGUCAUCGGGGUGGACAUGACGAAAAACAUCCAAAGGGCAGGACUGUCCAAUGCCAGGAUCAUCGACGCAAAGAUCACCUCCAUUCCGCUGCCCGACGCCAGCGUGGACUGCAUCAUCAGCAACUGCGUGAUCAACCUGGUCCCGGCGGUCGACAAACCCGCUGUGUUCAGGGAGAUCGCUCGACUCCUGAAGCCCGGGGGCAGAGUGGCAGUCAGCGACAUCUUGGCUAGAAAGCCUCUGCCGGAUCACAUCACUCAAGACAUGGCGCUGUACGUGGGGUCUGUCCCGGCAAACCCUGCGGCUCCCUUCUUCGAUAGGCAACAAUCGCUAGCUAUUCCGGAGACCGAGGACAACUCCGACAUCCGCCGCAAAUACCGUCCCUUCAUUCUCGAGGAUGACGCCGCGGAAGACUGGGUCAACAGGCUCGAGUUGACCACCGCCAUGGACAUGGCGGCGCAGGCGCUGGCGAAGUCCAACGACCGGCUCAAAGUCCUGGUCCUGUACGGCAGUCUCCGUCGGCGGUCCUACUCCCGCCUCGUGGCGUUGGAAGCCAGCCGGAUUCUUUUUCGACUCGGGUGCGAUGUCCGCGUGUUCGAUCCCGAGGGUCUGCCAGUGAAGAAUGAUACCGAACACAACCACCCCAAGGUGCAGGAGCUGCGGGAGCUCAGCAAAUGGAGCGAUGGGCAUGUUUGGGUGUCUCCUGAGCAACAUGGGAACCUGACCGCCGUCUUCAAAAACCAGAUCGACUGGAUCCCACUCAGCACCGGAAGCGUGCGCCCCACGCAGGGUCGCACGCUGGCGAUCGCACAGGUAUGUGGCGGAUCGCAGUCGUUUAACGCGGUCAACUCCCUGCGCAUCCUCGGCCGGUGGAUGCGCAUGUUCACCAUCCCGAACCAGUCCUCGAUCCCCAAAGCCUACACCCAUUUCCCGGACGAGGGGUGGCCGGGUGAUCAACGGCUGCUGCCGAGCGGGAACCGCGACCGCCUGGUGGAUUGCAUGGAGGAGUUUGUGAAAUAUACCAUCCUCAUGCGGCCGCACCUGGAGCUGUUUGGGGACCGGUAUAGUGAGCGAGAGGAGAAGCGGGCGAAGGAGGAGAGGGCCCGCGCGGAAUCAGGAGUUUAG